AUGGCAGUCUCGGCAUUCCCUUCAACGGAGGAAUCUCCCGAUCUCACCCUCCUCAACGUGGCACGACUGUUUACCCGACUAGAACACAACCUACUCUCCCCGGGUUCGGAGCUCCGCACCUUGCGCAAGUCUGAGCUCCAACGUCUGCGAGUAGCCAAGAACGUCGACUAUGCCCGGACCCUACUAUCCCAACUAGAACGCGCUCUCCCACAGAUCAAACCACUCGACCGACGACACGAAGCGCAGGCCGAGAUUGCCCGUGACAGACAGCUCCUAAAGCGUAUGCAAAGCGUCCUCGACGAGGAAGAGUCCCGCGCCGAAGAAGACGACGAUGCCGAGGACGAGGACUCACUCGACGAUGAGUGGAAGGAUUUAUUCUCGAAACCAGUCGCGGUCGAAUCGACCCAGGCGCCUAUCACAGAAGAGUCCAAACCCGCCGCAAAGGAGCCGACAACUACCCCAAUGCCUCCAACAACAUCAACAUCGUCAUCUCCGCCCUCAAGUACGGCUUCAGCCAUCCCACAAUCAACUCUCCGCAGCCGUAACGCCCCCCAAACCAAACAAAAUCCAGCACCUCCCGCUAAAACAACUGGCUUCAACACCAGCGCCUCAUCCUCCUCAGACAUCACCAAAGAAGACGCCCUCUCAACCUCCCGCCUCGAACAAGAAGACCUAACAACUUCCCUCCUCAGCCUUGCAAGCCAACUCAAGACCUCAACGCAACUCUUCCAGUCCACACUCGAAAACGAAAAGUCCGUGCUAGACCGUGCGGUUUCGGGCAUCGAUAAGACGAGUUCUACCAUGGAAGCUGCGGGGCAGCGGAUGGGAAUGUUGAGGCGGAUGACGGAGGGGAAGGGGUGGUGGGGGCGGAUGAUGCUCUAUGCAUGGAUCUUUGGAUUGUGGGUUGUUGCGGUGCUGAUUGUCUUUGUUGGGCCUAAGUUGAGGUUUUGA